AUGGGAAAGGCCUGUUUGAAUAAAGAAGUCGGCACUUACGAAUGUGAGGGGGAAAGAGAUACCUACUCAUUUUUUACCUCUCUCUCAGAUAUACAGGAUUCAAGUAGUAACGAGGAACAAUGCGGUGUAGGAAGUAUAUUGAGUGAAGAUAGUUUCACGUUUGAAGGGUCCAACGUGAGCAUACGGUUAUUUUCCUUGGACUUAAAUGCCUUGAAUGAAAAUGAGAAUGGAUCCAAGAAUCCUGUGAAAUUUACCAUUCCGCCAAAAAUAGAACAAAGAAAGGAAGCAAGACAAAGAGAGAAACGUUUAAGGAGGGUGGCAGUACUACCUGAGAAUUCGAGAAACUACCUUGUUGAAUCAAGUAUGGAUUCAAGUAGGGAAUACAGUCAACCAUUUUUUGACUGGAGGCAUGAAAUGGUAGAACAUGGAGAGGAGAGUGUAAAACCGUGUGGUUGUCAUAAAUCGAGAAAAGCAAAAUGCUUCAAAGAACUGGAGAUGGAGAAUAUAGAAAAGGGCGAUAUAAAGAAGAGUCUCUUUUACAGAGACAUAAUUGAAUGGUGCAGAGACUAUGAAGUCAAUAAAACUAGGGAAGUCUGUGUUCCGUCUAUACACGAGUUUUACCUACAUGGAAAUGGAAGUGACAACCUCUUUUGA